AUGCUAUCAAAAUAACAAUAAUAAUUGUAAGAGAUAGUAUCCCAGAGCAUAUUGAAGAAGUAUGUUUGAAUAAUAAUUAGAUCUGCGACGAAGACAUCUUAAAAAUUGAGUUAAUCAUUUAAUCCUAAUGGAUUGAUAGGUUAAUCAUUAAGUCCUACUCAGAAAACAAAUUAAAGUAUGGGAUUAAAAAAAGGGAACAAUUUAAAAUAGUAUCAAUAAGAUUUGCUUAAAUUGAUGACAAGCCAUAAACAAUUAUAAUCUGGCACUAAAAAGGCCAAUAUGUCGGAUCUGAUGAGUUAAUAAAAGGAUUCCAAGAGAAUCUCUUCUGGCAAUAGUCAGCCUCAAAAAUCCUAGAACUCAAAUAAAAUUAGUUUUGUUAAUCCAGCUAGUUAGAUUAUUAUAAUUGUUAAUCAUGAAAAUCAACAAAUCAAAUUUAACAUAGAUCCUCAAAAAUCAACAGGAUGGUUAGAAGAAUAUUUGAAAUAAGAAGUAAAGAAACAUUCUAUUCACCAAUAUUCAUCUACAGGAUCUUAACCUGAUGAAAGAAAGGUAACUUGUGGAACAGGUAAUGAGUCAUCAGAUUUGGAAAUAGUGUCAUUUCAUACAGUUGAUAAGAAUUUACCAAUCGAUUAUUAUUUGCAGUAAGCAAAUAAAAGUUUAGAAAUAUUUAGUGGUUAAACAUUAAAUCUCUAGCCCUUUUAUGGAACUCCUCAAUAAAGUAAAAUAACUCUGAAGGAUUUCAUAUUUGUAAAAUGCAUAGGAGUGGGAGGAUUUUCCAGGGUUUAUAUGGUAAAGAAAAAGUCAAAUGGAAGAUUCUAUGCAAUGAAAUUAAUUGAUAAGGAAUUCAUAAUCCAACAUAAAAAACAAGGUAUUAUUAUAAUAUAUAUGAAUAUAAGGGAUUGUAUAAAACGAGAGAGACAUUAUGACUGUGCUUGACCAUCCUUUUAUAAUAAAAUUGGAAUAUGCAUUUGAAUCCAAAAAUUUUAUAGUGUUCGUUUUAGAAUUUUGCAGUGGAGGGGAAUUGUUUUGGUAAUUAAGAUAAGUGAAGAGAAUGACAGAAGAUCAAGCUCGAUUUUAUUUUGCAGAAAUUUGUUUGGCUAUGUUUUAUCUACAUUCACUGUCAGUGGUAUACAGGGAUAUCAAACCAGAAAAUAUCUUAAUUGACAUUGAUGGUCACAUAAGAAUUGCAGAUUUCGGUCUAUCCAAACCUAACAUGACUGAAGAAGACUACGCCUAUAGUUUUUGUGGAUCUCCUGAAUAUAUGGCUCCGGAAAUGCUGUUGAAAGUGGGACAUAAUGUACAAGUAGACCAUUAUUGUAUGGGUGCUUUGCUCUUUGAAUUAGUUACAGGAUUACCUCCUUAUUAUUCAAGAGACACUGAUGAAAUUUAUGAAUCAAUCCUCAAUGAAGAAUUAACAUUCCCUGAGAAGUUAAACUUAUCACCAGAAAUUAAGGUUUAAUUAUUAUUUAUCAAUAGGAUUUGCUCUAAGGAUUAUUAUGCAAAUAACCAUCAGAGAGAUUGGGAGCAAAUAAAGGAUUAACUGAAUUGCUGACUCAUGCUUGGUUUAAAGAUGUGGAUUUGGUCGCAAUUUUACAAAAAUAAAUUCCACCUCCAUUCAAGCCUAAUUAAUUGAAAUUUAAUUAUGACUCUAAUGAUUUAAUGAAGGGGGAAUUGGAAACAAGAGAAAAGCUUUUGGGGAAAACAGGUCUGCAAUAAGAAAUAAGAAUAUUUAAGGCCUUCUACUUUGAUUCUUAUGAAUAAAAAUAGAUGAAAACUGAACAGGCUAAAAUUCUAUAACAACACUUUAUGAUGGUGACAUAAUAAUAAUUAGUAUUAAAUCAAAAGUUUAAACCCAAAAGAAAAAGCACAGAACCGAAGGAACAUCAAUCAAAACCUGCAUCUCCAUAAACUAGGAAUCAAAAACAAUAAAAAUUUACACCAGAGCAAUUUCAAUCUCUUUAGAAAAGAAUAAAAUCUUAGUAAAUAUUGAGUUCUAAAAUAGAUAAUCAUCUAUGAGCAACGUAUAAUAGAUCAGUACUAUUCCAAGUCCAGCGCAAUCUAAGUUGUAGGGUUUAAAGAGGAUUAUUUCCCAAAAUAAUUUUUUUGCAGACAGAUAGAACACAUUGCCCACGGGACAGAAAGAUGGAAACAUAGACUACCACCAAUUGCUAUCGAAUGUGUCAACAGAAUAAAUUUUACAUAAAAGAGUGUCCUCUUUAAAGUAAAGAAAAAAAUGA